AUGGUUUUAGCUCAGUUAGGAGGGAGUAUUUCCCGGGCCAUACAGCAGAUGAGCAAUGCCACGAUCAUCGACGAGAAGGUAUUGAAUGAGUGCCUCAACGAGAUCACGCGUGCUCUCCUGCAAGCCGACGUGCAAUUCAAGCUCGUGAGGGAUAUGCAGACCAAUAUCAAGAAGAUCGUCAACCUCGAUGACCUUGCCGCCGGACACAACAAGCGCAAGAUCAUUCAGCAGGCCAUCUUUAAUGAGCUGUGCAAAAUGUUGGAUCCUGGAAAGCCUUCCUUCACUCCAAAAAAGGGGAAAACAAGUGUGGUCAUGUUUGUUGGUUUACAAGGAUCUGGAAAAACCACAACAUGUACAAAGUAUGCAUAUUAUCAUCAGAAAAAGGGCUGGAAACCGGCUCUGGUGUGUGCAGAUACUUUCAGGGCUGGUGCUUUUGAUCAGCUGAAGCAGAAUGCUACAAAAGCUAAGAUUCCAUUUUAUGGAAGCUACAUGGAAUCAGAUCCUGUCAAAAUAGCAGUUGAAGGAGUAGAAAGAUUCAAAAAAGAAAAUUGUGAUCUUAUUAUUGUGGAUACUAGUGGGCGUCAUAAGCAGGAAGCCGCUCUUUUUGAAGAAAUGCGUCAAGUUUCAGAAGCAACGAGACCAGAUCUUGUUAUUUUUGUCAUGGAUAGCAGUAUUGGGCAAGCUGCUUUUGAUCAAGCUCAAGCAUUCAAACAAAGUGUCUCAGUUGGAGCUGUUAUUGUUACAAAGAUGGAUGGUCAUGCAAAGGGUGGAGGUGCUCUUAGUGCAGUUGCAGCAACAAAAAGUCCUGUCAUCUUUAUUGGUACUGGAGAACAUAUGGAUGAGUUUGAAGUUUUUGAUGUUAAACCAUUUGUUAGUCGUCUCCUUGGCAUGGGUGACUGGUCUGGGUUUAUGGACAAAAUUCAUGAAGUCGUUCCCAUGGAUCAACAACCUGAGCUUUUGCAAAAGCUUUCAGAAGGGAGCUUUACAUUGAGAAUUAUGUAUGAGCAAUUUCAGAACAUACUUAAAAUGGGUCCAAUUGGCCAGGUUUUCGCAAUGCUCCCUGGAUUUAGUUCUGAAUUAAUGCCAAAAGGUCGUGAAAAUGAAAGCCAGGCAAAGAUUAAGCGCUACAUGACCAUGAUGGAUUCAAUGACCAAUGAAGAGUUGGAUAGUCCAAACCCAAAGCUCAUGAAUGAGUCACGAAUUAUGCGGAUAGCUAGGGGAUCUGGGCGAAAAGUCAGAGAAGUUAUGGAAAUGCUGGAAGAGUAUAAGCGCCUUGCCAAGUUAUGGGGAAAAAUGAAGGGACUUAAGAUUCCCAAGAAAGGUGAAAUGAGUGCCUUGUCACGGAAUAUGAAUGCGCAACAUAUGAGCAAGGUCCUCCCACCACAGAUGCUGAAACAGAUUGGUGGAAUGGGUGGUUUGCAAAACUUGAUGAAGCAAAUGGGAUCGGCAAAAGAUAUGAUGGGUAUGUUUGGAGGUGGCGACAAGUAGUCUGCAAACCCAAUGCCUCUGGGUUGUUGAGUUGUAAAAACAAAAAGAGAACUCUCAGUUUUCAGUGAGAAAGUGAUGAGGAACCAUUUAACUGGAAGGGAAAAUUUGGAUUAUCAGAGGUUGAAUGUCUUCCCAAAUUGUAAACUUAGGUUUACUAAUUGUACGAGGAAUUUUGUUUAGUUGAUUACUUGAAUAUAUUUGUCUAUAAGCAAAUUCUUUUACAUCAUGCUUAAA